UCCAGGAGCCGGGCUGCACACCUGGCCGCGCAGCUCAUCCGCCAGCACCCGCAGCACCGCGUCGUCAUCGGUGUGUACAGCCUGGGGAAGGAAGAGCUGCUGGUGGAUCUGGCGCUCGAGUUCAGCACGUGGGUCGUGGUGAGCCCCUCACGCCUGGAGCAGAUGCGGCUGCUGGAGCUGCCUGAGGUGUUCACGACGGAGGAGGGGGCUGGCAGGAUCCACGCGGUGGACAUCGCUGAGAUCCGCUGGGACACCCUUGUGAGCUGGAACGUGCUGCAUCCGACCAUCGCCAUCCUCCCCACGGGCAGGCCCAUGAAGGUCACCCACCCUCAAAUCCACCUCAUCCCGUACUCGGAUCAUUCAUCCUUUUCGGAGUUAUGUGAGUUUGUGAAGUGGUUGAAACCCUGCUCGGUCAUCCCGAUUGUGAAAGACAGCAGGUGUCACGCUUCCUUUCAGAAAUACCUUAGUCCUGACCACCAGGCACCUUCUGGCCUUGGAAUUCCAAAGCCUCUGCAGGUGUCUGUACAGCGGCAGAGCAAAACAAAGAAGCAGAAAUCUGUGUGUCUUGUGAAAAGAGCUGCCCAGCACACUGUGCCCAAAGGAGUUGUUUAUGAGUCCCUAGAGGAACAUACUGAACAAUCUGAUGGGCUCAGGGCUGUUACAGCUCCUCAGCAGAACUCCCAUGAGUCAGCUUUCUGCUCCCCUGAAGAUGGUAUUUGUUUUUAUGACUGUGAGGAGAAAGAGCCGAGUGGAGAACAGCCAGGGGGAGCAAUAGCAGCUGGCACUGCUGGGCAGUUGCUUCUUUCUGAUGAGGACUUUCCAAAUGAACUUCCAAAGCAAUAUUUACUCACUCCUUUAAAUGCCUUAAAGCAGAUUUCCUUUUACAAGGCAGUAGAAGAUUUAUUUAGUAGGUGGGAAGUGUCCUGAAAAUUGCUCGUCUGUCAGGGCAAAUACAGUUGAUAAUAAUGAUUCUGAAAAUCUUAAAACUACAUCCUCUUCUUUGUGUUCAAGUUUCUCAUCACAAGAGAGGAGCUCAGCUAUGAGAAAUUGUUUUUGUUUCCUCUUAUUAGAGGAAAAAGAGAAUCUAAAACUAGUUAGUAGAUAUCAGAUUUUUCGUUUAUUUAUUUUUAUAUCUUUGUUUGCAUCUGUUGAGUCCCCAUUCUGUAUUCAGGCAACGUGGUCCCUCUGUAUCUGAACCUUUAAUCUCUUUUUUGCAGAGAUUUAUGUGUCUGUUGUGGCCAAAGCAACCGCUGGGUUGGUUCAGGUUGAGCAGCAGAGGGCAUGAGCUGCCUGCAGCCUAACUAACGGGCCUGCAUGUGAUGAAAGAAGCAACGCAGGGGAAUUGGAGUCCUGCAGGUCUUAUUCUACACAUCUGUGCUGCCUCAUUAACAAGUAUUUAUAAGUAGUUCACUUUAAGAUGUGUUACAAAUAUUUAUUAGGUUAUGUUUAAAAACUGGUGCUUAAAGAAAUGUAAAAGAUGAAGUGCCUUUCCUAUUGCUCAAAUACCUCCAGGCAGCACUGCUUUUGAAUCCUGCCAAGUGCAGCUGGAUAAGGUUCUUCUCACCUGAAAGCACUACUUUCAUAUUAAUUCUAAGUACCUUUUUCAGGUCAGUGUCUGGAAAAGAUAGGAUUUGUGUGAGUUCAUGACUCCCUGGAAUGGAUUGCAGUAUCCUCUUCAGUCUCAGUGCUGAUACCUCUUGAUGGCCGAGUGUUUCAGGUAGCUAUCAGUGUUCUGCUGGAUUUAUUGCUUGUUCUGAUCAGUCAGUGGUAAAUUGGAUGAAGGACAAUGAAACAUCUGGGUGCUGGUGUAAAGUGCCAAGUCGUGGCUGCAUUAUUUGGAAAGAAUUCUGUAGCUAAAUGGCAAAGUGUGCUCCGUUAGCUUAGAGGUCAGGUGUUCCCUGCUCCAGGUGAACUGUAUGGAGCCACAGCCUGGCUGCCACUGUCAGGAGGAGUCAGUAACGUGGUUGUGCUGUGAGUAUUUUCUGUGAAGUCUGAAAAUUCUGGUUAUCCUUGCAAAACUGCAUUAGCAACAUAUUACAGACUAUCUCCCCGUGGGGUGAUGGUGACAACGAAGUAGAAGUGGCCUUUAAGUACUUUUCUGGGAGCAACAAGCCAACUUAUUGUUCAGCUUUUUCUAACCUUAUUAUUUUAAACACAAAAUGUUUCAAAUGAUUUAAUCAGGAUCGGAGUCUUCUGAAGUAGUGACGUGCAAGGUCACUCCAAGACCAGUCAGCUGGUUAGACUGAAUUCCCCACAUCAAGUCAAACAAAGACAUGUUUAUUUACUCUUCAAGUGAAGUUUUAGCUUGUGAAAAGCAAAGAUACCCUGUAGAUGCAGCAGCUGUACCUGUUUAAAAACAAGGCUGUCGUGAGCAGCAGACAUAAUGACAGCUGCAGUGGGUGUGCUUGGGGUGCUGCUCUGCAGACACAAGUCCCAACUCACAGCAGUACCUGGGAAAGCACAGGCUUGGAACAUGGCCACAUAAGCAGCACCUCUUGGUGGGGCUGCCUAUAGACUGCCUGCCAGCUGCUAAUGGGACACUGGACAUAAUGGAGUAACUUUCUGCAUUUUACUUUAGAAAUGUACUUUUAAAGCAGUAGCAAGGGCAGCUGAAGCAUCUGGCUAUGGUCUGUAAGCCCUGUUUUCCUUGUGAAAAUUAAACUACAGAGCUUUGUCAGGUCAGCAUGAAUGGAAGCACCUGCUUCUUUUAUAACAUCUGAGGCUGCCAGGGAAAUAAUGGCCCUAUGUUUGCAGUAGUUUGUUACUGGGUGCCUUGGAGAUGCAGGCUGUACUUCGGUGCUGUUGAAAUGUAAGUGACUCACUUGACAGGCAGGUGAGUGAAACACUGCCUGCACUCCCAGAUUCCACUGCUCUGCUCUCAGCAUGCAGCAUCUCCACUGCUCAGAGCUAAUGCUUGCAUUCUGAGUCGCUGCUCCAUUUAGUGUCUCAGAGUCUGUCUCACACAUUUUGCUGCUCAUGAGAUAUGUCGUUUUGUUUCUCCAUUAUCAAUCCUAAGUGGAUAGAAAAUCUCCAGGUGAACCUGAGCAAAAUGGAAUUGUCAGCAUUAAUUCUUUGGAGAAGCAACUGUUCUUCAGAACACACAGAAGAGAAAAUAUCAAAGGCUUCAGAGGCUGGGGUUCUGCUCACCGUGUCUGAGCACUCCAGUAGUUUAACUGGCUUCUAUUACCAGAGCCUUAGUGUAUCUAAGAGCUGGAAUGUCUCAUGCACACCAGGCUCUGAACAUGCUGCUUCUAGCUCAGCUGCACAGAGCUGUGUCAACACUGCUACCACAGGUGUUCUGCUUGCAACAUGACAGUGAGAAGCUGUAGCCAAGUGUUAGCUUGGCUAUGGAGUAUCCAGGGCUGUGUGUCACAGUCAUCCCUGCAGGAAAGUGGUGUUCAGACCAAAGCUCUCCCAAAUCUAUACUCACAGAGCAUGCCUGAGCUGUUUAUCUCUGUUCCACAGUUGAGAACCAAGCCCCAGUGGGAUGAAACAGACUAUAGAGGAGCUAGAAGCAGAGCUGAGUUCCUUUUGGCAAGGUUUCAGCAGUGUUUUAACAAGCUGUGAUCAAACACUGGUGUGUCACAAGGGCAGGGCAGGCUUAUGGUUCUGGGAGCAGCUCUGCCCUGCUGAGCUCCUCCACACAGUUGCGUGUGCAAGUCGAAUUGCAAUACUAUGAAACAGUUUGUUGAGCUCUAACUCAGCAAAAAACCUUGAAGGGUUACUCUGUGCUAUGGAGAGAAGGAAUGGAUCAUGUAAGUUACUGCAAAAAUACAGAGGUAAAAUGUACCUGUCUCCUGUGUUCCACAGCAAACAGAUGUAUGAUGUGGGGCUGUGGGAGACACCCCAAAGUAGUGUUCCUAACUCUGCUUCCCGUGCUACGAGGCUGAAGCACUUACAACAACUUCUCUGUUUCGGAGCUGCUUUAGGUUUUUGUAGAACAAGUCCUUGUGGUUGGUUUUUUUAGAUAAGAACGACAUCAGAGAAAUCUUUUCUUUAAUGGACGAAGUAAUUUGAGGAAUUUUGUAACUUCUUAUAUGGUACGUCAUAUUGGGCUCAUGUCAAGCUAACUUGAAGCCUAAAAUUUCUAGUUUUGUGCUCUUUUUAGAACACCUCUGAAACCACAGAAAGAGUAGGAAAGGCAGAUGCCCUGAUAAUCACCUGAGCUCCUUUUGCAUGAGCUGCUGCCUGCAUCCUGCUGUUUGGGGUGCAUUUGCAAUUCCUUCUGCUCCAUUUUUGCUCUCUUGCUGAGGUUUGCUGCAGUGCCAACGUUUUCCCUGUCAGUUUGCACUCGGCCAAGCGCUGCCUCAGCACAAGCAGCCACGAGUGUGCAGUAACUUGUUUGGGAGGAACUUCACUUGGGAGAGCCCAGUGCUGUGAGCAGGUGCCUGAGAAGAUAAGGAAUGUAUUCUAAUUUUGCAUACAUGCUCUUGACAGGCAUGCAGCACUGUGCAGAGCUGGCCCUGUGCUUGUUUUCCAGGUGUACACACACACACACAGAGCUUGUUUUAUGAAAAACAAGAGCAAGGCUGUCUCCUUCAGCUUUUUUUGCUGCUUGUGGUCUCAGCUUGCCUGCUGUGAUGUUGCAUAUUGACCCAAAUCAUGGCUGCAGGUAUUGCUGCAGGCUGUCUCCGGAAAAAGUUUACACUUGGGUUUCUGCAAGGCAAAGACGUUUACAGACCCCGAACUUCCCUUCUCUGCAGUGGUCCUGGGGAUCGUUUAGAAAACUUGUGUAAUAGUGAGAGCAAAGAUGAAGGCUCUGUGCAUUCAUAGAUCGAAGUGUGUAGCAGCACGACUCGUCCCACCUGCAUUGGGCACAGCACUGGCAGUGAGCAGAGGCUGUAACUGAUGGAGCUGCCUUGCAGGUGUGCAGCCCUGACCUCGGAGGACCCCAGGAGUGCUUUCCUUCCUGGAGACCGCUGGCUUAUAGUCCUUCCAGAGCUCUCAGGGUCUCAGAAGUGUCAGCAGAGUUCUUACAUUUUUAUGUGCUAUUUGAUACUUUUAAAAGAUGAACAUCGGUCAGGGACGGCCCUGUGAGCUCAGUGCCACAACUCGGGGCGUUUGGUCCAAGGACCGAGGGCUGUCACAGCCUCACAAGGUGUGCCGUGAUCUUCAGGGCCGUGUGUGUGUUUUGUUGCCAUUGCAGCAUUAACUGCUUUGGGCACAGAUCUCCACGUCCUACCCAGGGAAUGUCUGCUUGCUGGGCUCUCCUUGGCCUCAGGAAGCCCGGGAUGGAAGCAGAUGGUGACCUUUGGGCUGCUGUCGGUCCCUCUGCCUUUCUGCCCGCCUGCUACAGAGCACCGCGUUGCAUUUUGAUGUGUGUCGCUUCUUUCUUUCAGGCUGUCACGUUCCAGCCUCUGCUGUUCGCUGAGGCUCCGCUGCUGCGUUUGUAAGCUUUAUUUUAAAAUAAACUCCUGAGAGGAACC